AUGCCUCGAAAGACAAAAUCUGAAGUGCCAAUAUCCAACGUCCUAAGAAAAUGGCAUAAAGCUACCUCUGCGUUACUCAGUCUCCUUCAUUCUUCGAUGAAACUUUUCACUGGGAUUAGGGAGUUUGUAAAAACAACCCGACUCGUUGGAAGCUGCUUAACACAAAGACAAGAACUCAAGACAAGCAGUUCACUAGUUCACAAUUCAGGGCAGUCAAAAUACUACAUCGGUUCAAACUUUGGAGCUUUUCCAUCUCAAACAAUAAAGUCCAAUACGAAAUCCCAUUUUGGUUUCUUCUCCUCUGCACUAAAUGCAGCCCGUAUACAAAGCACUAUUAUCAAAUGUGUAAAGUAUAGAAACUAUGAGAUUAAUUUGGGCAUAGGUACUUAA